GCAAUAACUAAAAACACUGGGACUCAUCUAAACACUCUUGCCCACCUUCUUGGAAAUCUCUGGCAGCAAGCCCCAACCCAGCUCCGUCAUCUCCCUCUCCUUCCCCUCUCCCCGUCAAACAAACGCAAACCCGCAAAGAAACCAGACGUAAGCUUUGACCCAUAGAAAUCAUUAAAAAACAUUCUUUUACGCAUUUCUAUAUUCCUUUCUGAUCCAAUAAAGGAGCAUCUUUCCCAAUCCCUAGAAAACUAGAUUUCUUUCUCGUUUCUUCUCGUUUCUUCUCAAUGGGAGGUAUAAUGUCAUGCUUCCAUGAGACGGACUCACCGAAGGGGCUGGCGGCAAGGCGAAAAAAGCGCGGCGCUCAGCAAGAUGCCACCGUUACGGCGGUGCUCGGAUCGAGCAAGAGAUGGGAGAAAGGGAGAUCGGUGAGGGCCGCGGAGGAGUCUCUGAUUCAGGAGGCUGCUGCUCUGCUGCUUUUGCAGCAGCAGCCGAACGGAGGAACGUCUAUUUCUUUCGAUAGGUCCACAUCGCUGAGAUACCCAGGUAUGGGAGUGAAGAAGCAACAGGGGUUGCCAAGGAGCUCGAGCUCCAGGGCGAGGUCGCUCACUGACCCUGUUGUUGCGCCGCAGCAGCUUGUGAAUCAGGAAACAAAAAUAGACGAUUUAGAAACCAACCAUUUUGUGCUGGUUCAUGGAGGUGGUUUUGGGGCUUGGUGUUGGUACAAAACUAUAGCACUACUACAAGAUGCAGGAUUCAAAGUCAAUGCAAUAGACCUUACUGGUUCUGGAAUUAAUUCUUUUGACACAAACAACAUUACAAGUCUUUCCCAAUAUGUAAAACCACUAACGAAUUUGCUUGAAAAACUUGGUGAUACAGACAAGGUGAUAUUAGUUGGCCAUGAUUUUGGUGGUGCCUGCAUAUCCUACGCCAUGGAAGCUUUCCCAACUAAGAUUUCCAAAGCAGUUUUUCUAGCUGCAGCUAUGCUGAAAGACGGGCAAAAUACUCUUCAUAUCUUCUCUCAACAGGAAGGUGGCAGUGAUCUAAUGCGACAAGCUCAAAUAUUUUUAUAUGCAAAUGGAAAAGACCAAUCUCCUACAGCUAUUGAACUUGACAAGUCAUUGUUGAAAGAUCUGUUAUUUAAUCAAAGUCCUGACAAGGAUGUAGCUCUGGCUUCAGUUUCGAUGAGGCCGAUCCCUUUCGCUCCAGUUCUGCAAAAACUCGAGCUCACCGGCUCGAACUAUGGUUCAGUGAGGAGAUUUUAUAUAGAGACUACAGAAGAUAAUGCCAUUUCCCUCCCCCUGCAACAGAUCAUGUGUGAAUCUCACCCGCCGGAGAAGACCUUUCGCCUGAAAGGCUCAGAUCAUUCUCCAUUCUUUUCAAAGCCUCAGGCUCUCCACAAGUUUUUGGUAGAGAUUGCAAAGAUUCCUACUGCUUCAAGGCAACAAACCAAACCUGAUGAGUAAAUUUAUGCUUUCCAAAGAUUCUCUAAGGCUUUCAGAAAGAUGUUAUAAAUGUAGAUAACUAUAUAUAUAAUCAGUAUUUAACAAUCAGAUCUCAAACUGUUUAUUUUUGAGCUAUUCAUUGAUAUAUUGUAAGAGUUAUCUGUUCUGCUUA